ACAACCAUCAUUCAAUCAACCCUCAAAGUUCGGUUGAGUUGAAGAUCUCCAAGUUUUGAAAAUGACUUCUAUGGAAAAAUGCGGCGAAGCCGACCACGUAACGACGACGGAGGUUAGAGACGUUGCACCGGCGCAUUUUGUGCUCAAGAUUAAGUCCUUCUCUUUGUUCACGAUGAAUGACGUGGAGAAGUAUGAAUCGGGCGACUUCGAAGCAGGAGGAUAUAAAUGGAAACUGAUCCUCUAUCCCAGUGGAGACAAGAGCCGAAACGGAGAAGAUCACGUCUCUAUAUAUCUGGCGGCUUCCGGGAAGAGUCCUUUCCAACUUGGUGGGGAGAUUCACGCAGCCGUCAGGUUCUGUUUGUAUGAUCAAAACUGCAAUAGGUAUUGGACUGAACAAGGGAGAGUCAUAAGGUUUCAUGCAUUGAAAACCGAAUGGGGAGUUUCGAAAUACAUGCCAUUGGAAACUUUCAAGAACCCGUCUAACGGGUACCUUGUGGACGACACUUGUAUCUUCGGCGUGGAGGUUUUCGUCAUCAAGAGUUCGGGAGUUGGCGAAUGUUUAACGCUAAAAGAGAGCAAAUCUUGUAUUCAUGAAUGGAAGCUAGCGAGGCUGUCAAGCUUGGAUGAUGGAACUUUCUCUGAAGUGUUCGCUGUUGGAGGCCACAAAUGGAAGGUGUGGCUAUACCCGAGGGGUAAUUUGGCUACCAGGGGCAAAAGCCUUUCAAUAUUUCUCGUUUUAGUUGAUCCGGGCAAACCGGCUUCUAGACAGAAAGUGAACACAAGAUUCGCCUUUCGGUUAAAAGGCCGAAACAACGUUGUACAUUAUCAGCGGGGAGCUUGUACUGUAUGGUUGAGUAGCUCCCAAACGAACUGGGGUUGGCCUGCUUUCAUGCCACUGGAAGAGGUUCGGAAACGCCUGGCGGAUGAUUCAUUUGUUGUUGAGACCGAAGUCACGGUGCUCGGCACAGUUAGCAACUUGGCAUGACAGCACUAUAUGUACUGGAUGUGUUCAUAAACAGACAAUUACUGAUGGUUGUUUCCUCUUUGACAAUAAUACAUCGGUUGAAUAUGUUUAUGCAUUAA